UGUGUUCACUCCUUCCCUACGGAGGGGAGGAGAAGGGCUGCCCCCCCCCACUUAGACCCAUCCCCAGCACCUGCAGCCGCAGCCAUCUCAGGGUCAGGUUUGGUCUUCAGGCGAUGAACCCCGCUUUAAAAGUCCCUGAAGUGCUGCCCCCCCCGAUUGCAUUUCAUGGGACCGUAGGCUCAGUGGGGGGACCCUGUGCCCCCCAAACUGACCGUGAUGUCCCUCUGAGAUGUCCUGGACCCUCGAGGUGGCUUCCAGUCCCAGGGUGUUGGCAGGACAGAGAGCGAUUGAUGCACCGGGCACUAUUUUGGGGGAGACAGAUGGGAGAUCCGAGUGCGCCGGCUUGGGAGAUCCGAAAUCUGCUCCUGGUUUUGCCACGCUCCUCUGGCAUGACCUUGGGAGGUGAACUUAAUCCCAUCAUGUCCUCUGUCUAUGUGUAGCCGGAAUAAAAAUACUUUCCUGUCUCUCCGGAGAAAGGAGCAGAUUCCUGGGAAGUCACCGUAAGCUGAUCCGGCUGCUCCCCAUGCCGGGACGAGUCGGCCAGGGUUUGCAUUGCAAACAGGCAGCAAAGAGGGGACCCCCAUCACCCUCAGCAUGGCCACAGAGGCAGGAGGUUGUAUUCGGGAUCAGGCUUUUGCCCCCAAAACCUCGUGAAGGUGGGAAGCAAAGCAAAGAUGAAGAGAUUCAACCAAGGCCGCACAGCCCAGCGGUAGCAGAGUGGAAUGCAGCGCGCCGGUCUCCCGUGCAUCUUCCCUAUUCGUGAAAAAACACGACAAGGCCCGGAGAAAAAUGUUUCUCUUUACUGGGGCAAAGAGGAUUUUGCAAAUAACGGAGUUAAACCGCCAAACUGGCAAGAAAGCCUGGUCAACUGGUUUUGGGUUUUCCCCCUUUUUUCAAGCAGGUUUUGGGACCCUCCGCCGGGUAUUUCCUCUCCCUUGCCCGGGCAGCAGACGCUCUGAUGAAGCGAUUAAAGGAUCACCUGUGUUUCUGUUUGGGAUCGGGGUGCCGGAGCGAGCUGCACUUGUGAGAGGGCUCAUCCCUGGCAGCUUUAUGCAGGCUGGGGCCAAAUCGAUGCCAACCAACCUCUCUAUGUCCUGCUCCGGUGCCGUUUGCAUAUCUUGAGCGACAUAAUCCAGGCUGGGAAGUGCCUGCUACGUGUCAGCAGCUCCAUUUUCUUCACCAAUGCAAAUUCCUGAGUCAGCUCCUGCCCCAGCAGGCUCGCCACGGCCAUGCGUCCAGGCUCAAUGUAGCCCCUCGGUUUGUUGAUAAACUUUAUGAUCAGCCCUGAGCGGCCCCGGCUGCGCCUUUGGAAGGUGAGUUGGGCCGGUAGAUGAGUUUUCCCGGGAUUCAGCGGCCUCAGCCCUGGCUGUGGGGUUUUCCAGGCGUGAAGUUGACUCAACACUGUGGAUGAAGGACGCUGGGGAGCUGCCAUGUCUCCUCCAAAAGCCUCCCAGCAGAAAAAAACCUCUCUCAAAAAAGAUUUCACUGUCCUGCCGGUACAGAUGCCGCCAGCUUUCCCUUACAGCCCCGAUCUUCAGGAAUUUAACAGCUGGCUGUAAAACCAUGCUCAGCAAGGCUCUACAUCGGCUGGCUGCAGUCCUGUGCCCGGACCCGAAGCCCUACUGUGGCACCGCGCCGGCGGGGUUGCUGCAGGGCCAGAAGAAUGGUGGUGGAAAUGGGGUAGAAAUUAGAUUUACAUCGUUUUGCUGCUUAGCGGAAAGGUUUUAUUUCAGAGGUUGGGGCUGGCCAGUUUGGCUCCUCUCCCACCAGAAGAAAAUGCCUGGUUUUCUUUUUCCUCCUGGCUUGCGGAGGGUGAGCUCGGGUACAGGGAUGCUUGCCAGGCAGCCCUGGGACGCGUGUCCUUGUUGGAGAUGGAUGGUUUUGAGGUCUGGCGGCAAUGCGUCGCAUCUCGUCCCCUGCCUCAGUUUCCCCAUCAGUAUAUGCAGUAAAUUCUUAAAAGUGAUAAAGUUUAGAAGGGUAAAAAGGCAUUUUAAGAGGGAAGCUGAUUUGUGAGGAGGGAAAAAAACCUUGCAAACUGCUCGGCUGCGCUUCGGUCCAGGUCUCCACCACUGUGACACCUGGAAAUAUGCUUUGAAAAAUAAUUCCCUCUGUUGACAUCAUUUCCAGCCUGAUCCUUCUGCUCCGAACGUAGUGAAAAAAAUCACGCGAGCUGGCAAGACCGCAGCAAGGGAUGCUUGGGGCUGCGUUGUUACCCUAACGCUUCAUUUCCAGGGAGCGGGACCACGACCCAGACCUGUCCCCCUUUGCAUCGGACACAGCUUUGCUGGGAGGUGUCGGCGUGUCUGUACCUCCACGUGUAUUUGCACACUUGCCCCGUUGGGGUGUGAGCAUGCAAACCCACCUCGGGGCAGGAACCGGUGUCUUAGCACCGGCUUUUGGGGCUUGUCUACCUGAAGCUGGUGUCUGCUUAUGGCGCAUUCAGACUCCUCAGCCUGGGAUCCGAGUGUCCAUCCAAAGGAAUUAAUCCAAGAUAACGACAGCGAGUAAUUAGCGAGCGGUAGUCGUGUCCAAAAUGUCUUCUGCGCGAAGCAGGUUUAAUUAACCUCUUAGGGUUUCUCACCUGUGGCAAGUUCGUUCAAACUUAGAUUUCCACCCACUUGGGAUCCAAGUGGCUACAUCUCUGACUCAUCAACACUUGUAAUUAACACGGCAAUUAUAUUCACAGUGAGACUCGGAGCAUCUUAAAUUAUCCUUCCCUUUUUUUUUCCCCCCCUUCUUUUUUUUUUAAAUAUUAUUAUUAUUAUUUUGUGCAUUUCAUUUCCUUGCCGCCAUCUGUUGCGAAAUGGCUGUCUUCUUGCUGUGUGCACUUAACACCACCAUCUGGACAAAUUAUUUGUCCCAUUAAUUGCAAAAAAAAAAAAAAAAAAAAAAGUGUGAAGAAACGAAAUGAAAUGGUACUGCCGACCUGCCGAAUGUCUGCUACAGGAGAAGCAGCCCACUCCGAAAUCCGAAGCAUGCCGCCAAACUGCAUCGAGCCUGACAUUAUGAAAUGUCUGUUUAAUCGUCUAGCACACUAAUUGGUCUCUUUGCACAGCACCGAGAAAAAAAUCUCUCUCUCCUCUUCUCUCCACGUUAUUUGAGUCUUCCCCCACGGGGCAGGCCUGAACAGAUCUGCAGCUCACACAGAGAUAAAUACAGCGGUCAGAGCAGGGAUAUUAUUGCCCUCUGCAGCCUUUCGCCACUCCGAUUGUGCUAGAAUAAAUCUGAGGUUCUGAGAGAGGCUCUUUAGCGUAGGCUGGGAUGGAUCGGGACAGAUAACGGCGAGGUCUGGUGUUUGCAGCGGUGUUCAGUCCUCCUUACAUCACCAAACUCUGAGCCUCUGAGAAAAGCCAACACGUGCAUUAACUUCUCAGUACCACGGGCUUUAGGGGCAGUUCGCCAUUUCAGCUUGAGUUCCCAAAGCUCCUCUGCCCUUCGGCAGCAAUGAGGAGCCAUAAGGGAGAAUUAAGUUGCAAGGAUGGGACGCUUUUGAGUUGUCCCCUCUCACCAAGAGCUUGAUGCACGGGAUCUUGUUGCUCCUCAUCGCUUUCGGGGAGCGCGGGAGCAGGCAGAGCUUGGCACAGAGACAGCUCUGGUUUUUCUCUCCCUACAGCCUGAACCCGGAGUGCCGCAGCCCAGCAGCCCGCCCCGAGGAGCAGGACGCAGCAGCCAGCCCCGUCUCCUGCCAGGAGUGUCCUUUCAACCCAGAGCAAACAGUGACAUGUGGAAGGUCUGAGCCCUCUCCCACCUUCGCCGGGACACCAUGGACACUGAAGCCGUGCAGCCCCAGGAGGCUUCGCUAACGGUCAACGAGCAGGUUAUUGUCAUGUCCAGCCAUGAAACCAUCCGAGUGCUGGAGGUCGGCGUGGACACCCCGCUCCCGGCCGAGGAGGACCGGAAAACCUUGGAGAUGCCACCAGGGGAGGUAGCACGGGGCUCCCCGGGAAAGACCGGCCACCCAGGCAGAGAGGAGGUCCCACCCAGCACCCAGAGCUCAUGCAGCGGGGAGGCAGCCGGCAAAGCCAAAACGGCGGCCGGAGCAUCGCCCAGCACCGUCCCCUCCGUCGGCACCUUCAGCCACGCCACGAGCCAGCAGCCGCAGACGUUGGCCCCGCUGGCCGUGCAAGCGACCCCGCAGGUCUUGACUCAGGAAAACUUAGCAACAGUUGUGACAGGAGUAAUGGUUCCAGCAGGGACAGUUACUCAACCUCUUCUUAUCCCCAUCAGUAUUGCAGGUCAAGUGGCAGGUCAGCAGGGGCUGGCUGUGUGGACAUUUCCUACAGCAACGGUCGCUGCCCUUCCCGGAUUGACGGCUGCUUCUCCUACAGGGGGAAUUUUCAAACCGCCUAUAGCCAAUUUGCAAGCCGCUGCCGUACUGAACACAGCCAUCCAAGCGCCGGUGCAGCCUGCCCAGCCGCUGCAGGCUGCGGUCCAGCCCCGGCCGCCCCUCCAGACCCCCGGCGUCUUCCCCACCGCGCCCGGCCAGCCCCCCAUCCUGCCACAGCCCGCUGCAGCACCCACGCCGCCCGUGGCCAAGCCGUUAGAGACGCAGACCCAGAUCACCGUCCAACCUGCUGGAUUUGCCUUUAACCCUGGCAUAAUCAGCGCGGCUUCUCUCGGGGGCCAAACCCAGCUCCUCGGCUCCUUGGCAGCCGCCCCCGUGAUCGCAAACACCAUCUCCAGCGUGCAGGGCAUCACGGGCCAGAUCCUGACCAACGCCCAGGGCCAGGUGAUCGGGACCCUGCCGUGGGUGGUGAACCCCCCCGGGAUGGCGGCAGCCAGCCCAGCCCCGGCCGCUCUGCCGGCCCAGAACCUGCAGGUACAGACGGUGACGCCCCAGCUGCUGCUCAAUGCCCAGGGCCAGGUCAUCGCCACGCUGGCCGGCAGCGCCAUCCAGCGGCCGCCAUCAAGAAAACCGGCACCCCCGAGCCCCCCCCCCAAGAACGAGGUCCAGCCCAUCCAGCCGGCCCCGGCUCUCUCCCAGCCAGCCGUGGUGAUGGCAAAUCCUGCCCCAGCGGCAAAGGCUUCUUCUGUGCCCGUCCCCAUCACCUGCUCGGAGACCCCCACCGUCAGCCAGCUGGUCUCCAAGCCCCCGGCUCCCAACAGCAGCGCGGAGGAGGACGGGAUUAACCUGGAGGAGAUCCGGGAAUUCGCCAAGAACUUCAAGAUCCGACGUUUGUCCCUCGGCCUGACGCAGACACAGGUGGGACAGGCCCUGACGGCCACCGAGGGACCGGCCUACAGCCAGUCGGCCAUCUGCAGGUUCGAGAAGCUGGACAUCACCCCCAAGAGCGCCCAGAAGCUGAAACCAGUGCUGGAGAAGUGGUUGAGCGAAGCCGAGCUCCGUAACCAAGAGGGGCAACAAAACCUGAUGGAAUUCGUCGGGGGGGAACCCUCCAAAAAACGGAAGCGCCGUACCUCCUUCACCCCCCAAGCCAUCGAGGCUCUCAACGCCUACUUUGAGAAGAACGCCUUGCCCACCGGCCAGGAGAUCACCGAGAUCGCCAAGGAGCUCAACUACGACCGCGAAGUCGUCCGCGUCUGGUUCUGCAACCGCCGGCAGACCCUCAAAAACACCAGUAAACUCAACGUCUUUCAGAUCCCCUAAAUAGGGGACGGGGACGGGGACGUCCCCCCACCCCGUUGCCCACCCCGACCUCCUGCCAUCAGCACUUUUGCCACCGACUUUGUCCCCCAGCCCCGCGGUGGGUGCUGGGGUCUCCACCACCCCACCGUGCCCGUAGGUGUGUCCGUGUGUCCGUCCCCCUUUCCUCCACAUCACACAUGACCUAAGCGUGUUCGCGUCAGGUGUCAUGCCUGCCUCAUGCCUCCUCUUGCCUGUAAUGUGCGUGGUGACGGACCCCCUGCCUGCACGCACCGCCUCUCCUGCCCCCCCCAAGUGUCGUCGUCCCCCCCCAAAAAAGGAGUGAUUUUCAUUUUUUGGCCGUUUUCCUGUGUUUCCGAGGUAGUGUCACGGCUCGCUAGGGGUAAGCCCCAAUUUAAUUUCACCCCCCCUUUGAUUUCAGCGGUCCCCCACCUCGUGCCCACCAGUGCGAGGGACUUCUCGGUGCGACCCCCCCACCGUGGGGACAUCGCCGUGGGUGAUGGUUGGGGACUUCACUGGCUUCCCACCGCCCCAAGAGGGUUUUGGGGGGGUGAACCCCAUAACGGAGGCAGCACCCCCUUCCCUGCCUCCCUCCACGCCGAGCCUGGGGGCCAGGCAGGUUGGGGGGCUCCAUCCCUCGACCCCUCUCGCCCGGGGAGCGAUGGGGAGAGGCGACGGCUGGAGGGGGGGAGUUUGGGGGGACAGGGAGGGGACGCUGGGUCGCCCCGCUAGGGACGCGGCAGACUGAUGCACUUGAUGUAGUGGUGUGAAAUAAACAGUAUUUUUCUUU